UCUUCCACCAACCAAUUUGAUAUACUCAUUCAUCUGCACCCUUAGCUUUUGCAUUCAUCAUCUUUCAACUUUUGCACUUCAAAGAAUUCAUCUUUGUUGCUGUGUGGCACAAUACUAAUCUGAUGGAAAAGGAAAACAUGCUCAAAACUCCUCCAAAAGUUCCAAUUCAAGCACAGAAAGCUGAACCUGAAUGCAAAACACCAACUCCAGCUCAACAACAACACCAGAACAAUGAUCGUAGUAACUCCUCAAAUGAACUGCGCAAACCAGUUACUCCAGAUCAUCUCAGAGUCCCCAAGGCAUUCAAAUACCCUGAAAGAUAUACAAGUCCAACUGAUAUGAUGAUGUCACCAAUAACCAAAGGCCUUCUUGCCAGAACCAGAAGGGGUGGUGGUGGUGGUGGUUAUGGUGGUGUAAUGUUACCACCUGAUAAAAAUCAACCAAAGAUUCUGCAGAUUCUAGACAUGCCCUUGAAGGAUGUGGGGAGUUUUCAGAACAAGGUUCCAAUGCAGUUGGAUGAGAAGAUCAACUCAACUUAAGAGGUUCAAAGAAAUUCUGCGAUGACAAACCAUGUUACAGUGGUUCACAGGGAGUUUAAAGAUGAUGUUACAUCAGAGAGACAGAGAAUGAGAAUGAGAGUUAUAAGGUUGUCUGUUCUUUUAUUAUAAGCUUGUCAGGACUCUGAUUGUGGUGAUGCUCAUUUUUCUUCUCAAAGAGUGCCAUUUUGUAGAAAUUGUUUGUCCUUGUUAUUUCAUAAAGGUUUAUAUUUUCA